UCUUUAAGCAUUUCUACAAUCUCGCAUGGGAUAGCGCGACUGUUGCAGAAACGCAUGAACGAUGAUAUAACCAAUUUGUCGAACCGGCUUUCAGAAAAUUUUGAAUGUUCAUCCAUGCACGACCGGUUGGUAAAUGCGAGUGUUACAAGUAUAUUCGUAUAUGAUGCUAUAAUUUCCUAUAUAUGAACGCUCCGACACGUCAGACGUUGCCACUUGCCAGUAUGUGAGAAGCAAAUACGGAAGCAGGACAAUUAAUAGCGGAAUAGUGGUUGCUCUCCGUAAUUUUAAAUGCUGGUCAGUAAGCCAUUCUUUGUCUUACACAAUGACCGCUAGCGACGUACAAGGCUCCUUAAAGGAGGCUCUUUACGAGACGUUAAAUGGGAUUUUGUCGCCGCAUUACGAAACUCGUAAGGCGGCGGAGCAAAGGAUUCAAGCUUUGGAGGUGACGGAGGAGUUUGGUAUACACCUGACAGAAUUUGUUGUUGAUCCCAAUGGUCAUUUGCCCAUCAGGCAAUUAGCCUCCGUCUUGUUGAAGCAGUACGUCGAGACGCAUUGGUGCUCGUUGGCCGAAAAGUUUCGUCCGCCGGAGCUUAACAAUGCCGUUAAAGAAAGAAUUAAAGAGUUACUUCCCUUGGGACUCCGAGAAUCUAUCAGUAAGGUACGAACUGCAGUGGCCUAUGCGAUAUCCGGUAUAGCACAUUGGGACUGGCCUGAAAAUUGGCCUGGAUUGUUCGAUGUUCUCGUAAGUUGUUUGAGAGAAGAAAGCGAGUAUGCUGUUCAUGGAGCGAUGAGAGUGUUAACGGAAUUUAGCCGGGAUCUGACGGACGCUCAGUUGCCUAAUGUGGGACCUGUUAUUCUUCAAGAGAUGUACAGAAUAUUUCAAAGUGAAAAUUAUUCGAUUAGAACGCGUGGUCGUGCAAUUGAGAUCUUUAUAACAAUUACAACUUUGGUUGCUCACACAGGAGCAUAUGAGAAGGGAUUUAUAGAGCAGUAUUUGCAGCCAAUCAUUCCUAUGUUCUGUGAAAAGUUUGUUGAGUGCCUCAGAGUGCCUAAUGGCCAAACUAGUGACUGUGGAUUCAAAACAGAUAUUAUUAAAGCUAUAAACUGUCUUGUUACGAAAUUGCCCAAAUAUAUAUCGAAUCUUUUACCUCAAAUGCUGCCACCUGUAUGGGAAACUUUAUGUCAAAGUGCAAAGACUUAUCAAGAAAUGACAGUCAAUGCCGAUGAAGAUAUCAAUGAUAAAGACGUCGAUUCUGAUGCAUCGCGUAUAGAUUGGGGUGCGUUUGUUUCCCACUUGAGUGCUGCUCAGACAUGUAGAGGAGCAAAGAGAUAUGAAGGAUCGCCCCCGUUACUUCUCGGCCGUUGCUUAUGCCUUGGUGGACGAUAUGCCAAGAUAAUGCCACCGGAGGUGAGUUCCCGAUUUUUGGAAGCAACAGUUACCGGCUUACAGGAAAAUCAACCGCCUUGUAUACGUAUCAGUGCUGUUAAGGCGAUCUAUUGGUUCAGUGAGGCGUCUACUGGGAAGGAUCCCAUUGUCAACAUAAUACGUUGCCAUAUGCCCAAUAUUUUUCAAGGAUUGUUUAAUCUAGUUAGUCAACCUAGCACGGAUGUUUUGAUUUUGGUCAUGGAGUCGUUUCAAACGCUAAUCUGGCAACAUAAAGAAUUUACAGCAUCAGUGGAAAACAAGAUUUGUCCUUUGACAAUUGCAGUGUUUGUAAAGUUUCAUAGCGAUCCGGCGAUUUUAAAUAUAUGCCUGGACAUAUUCAAGGACUUGACGCAGAAUCCGAGCUGUAUCGGGCCGCUGCAAACUCGUAUAAUACCGACUCUAACGAGCAUGAUGGCGAUAACUCCGAUGAAUAAAUCGAAGGAUGAGGGAUCUCGAGCGGUGGCAUUGGAUGUGCUGAAAGUUCUAGUGCAGUAUUCGCCGACGCCUCUGAGUAACGCUUUGGUGGAGACUGCCUUUCCGACCGCCUGCCAUUGUAUUCUCAACUCGGAAGACCACGCGACGCUGCAGAGCGGCGGGGAACUCGUACGCACAUAUCUAUCCGUGGCAGCGCAGCAGGUUAUCGCACAUCGAGAAAACGAAGGGCAAACCGGAUUACAAUACAUACUGCAGAUAAUUGCUCAGCUCCUGAACCCGCAGUCGAGUGAAUUCACUGCCACUUUUGUCGGGCGUUUGGUCACGACGCUGAUCAAAAACGUGGGGGACAGUCUGGGUGAGAAUCUCGAUCUGCUGCUGAAAGCGGUGCUGAGUAAGAUGCAGAGCGCGGAGGCGUUGAUCGUUAUGCAGAGCUUGCUAAUGAUUUACGCGCAUCUUAUAAACAUGCAGUUCGACGCUGUGCUGAAUUUUCUCUCGACCGUGCCUGGGCCAACGGGACAGAGCGCACUUGCAUUUGUGUUGUCCGAGUGGGUUAGCAGGCAGCAUCUGUUCCUUGGUAGAUACGACCGCAAAGUCGCAACAAUCGCGUUAUGUAAGAUCCUGGAAUACGGAGUCACUCACGGGGAUAGUAGAUUGGACGAAAUUACGGUCAAGGGAGAUAUGAUCAUCUCAGGAAUCGAAGACGGUGUGAGGACCAGAAGCAAAGCCGAAUCGCAGCCUUACGAAUGGACUACGGUGCCUGUACUUGUAAAGAUUUUUAAAGUAAUAAUUAACGAAUUGUUGAACGAUAUCGAAGCCGUUAGCGCCAGCCAAGAUACGGAAGUUUCCGACGACGAGGAUGAGGAAGAAGAUGAUGAUGAAUUGAUAGAUCCCGGAAACGAAAGCGCAAAUGUUUUACAAUUUGGAGAUGAAGAUAAUGAUGACGAAGAGGAUCCAGAAUUAUUGCGAGAUUCCAUCUACCAUUUGAACCUUGGUCAAUAUCUGCGCGAUUUCUUGCUAAAUUUCUCUACUCAUCAUUGCUUCCGCAUGUAUAUCCAACACCUGAAUGUGCCAGAACUAAAAGUCUUGAAUAACAUAAAUAUCAACGCGCUCAUGUAAUAGGACAAUUCAAGUGACCGGAACAAUUUUUGAAUUUCAUAAUAAACAUCUUUUCUAUAC